AUGAAUGUGUCAACUUGCAUCCAGCUCGUGAAGUCUUGCGGGAAUGCGCGAAAUCCCGUCCUGGCCAAACAGAUCCACGACCAAAUCCGAGGAACGCAUCACGAGAAUGAUCGUCUCGUUGCAAAUCUCUUGGUGGAGAUGUACGGAAAGUGCGGCCAAAUGCGAGAGGCAAAAGAAGCUUUUGACAGCAUUAAAGAACCAAAUGUUUUCUCGUCGACUAUUUUUCUUACUGCAUAUGCCCAAAACGGGCAUAUUGUUGCUGCAAAGUCCUUUUUUGAUCAAAUGAGCGAAAGAAAUAUAUACUCUUGGACCACACUAAUCACUUCUUUUGCAUCAUACAAGGAUUUAGAAUCGGCUCUAGACACGUUUACUAGAAUGCCUGCCUGGAACAAUGCCACUUGGAAUUCUAUCGUGUCAGCUUAUACCCAAGCUGGGCAUAUUCUUGAUUUCAUGGAUUUUGAAAAAUUCAAUACCGAGAUGACUUGCAAUGCUUUGAUUUGGGUGUUUUUGCAGAAUGGCGACCUGGAUAAGGCUCGAGAUCUGUUUGAGAGUGCGUCCCAUCGAGAUAUAGUUUCAUGGAACACACUUUUGCAAGGCUACGUGGAUUGGGAGCUCAUCGAGGAAGCAGCAAACUUGUUUGAGAGAAUGCCAGCACACAAUGCAGUGAGUUGCACGUCCGUGAUUUCUGGAUUUUCUCUUGUCGGUGAUUUUGAUCGGGGUCAAAGCGUCAUCUCGUCAAUUCUCCAAUGGGACGUUGUUGCUGUCAAUGCGAUGCUCCAGUUUCUCGCAGAGUUUGGUCUGAUCCAAGAAGCGUUUGGGAGAAGAUUCUUGGGUAUUUUCCCCAGCACAGCACCGUGGCCUGGAACUCCAUGCUCAAAGCUUACGGAGAUGCGAUGA